AUUUUUCUAACCUAUAUAAAUUUGACAUCUAUUUUUUUUAAGUUUGUGAUUGAAAAAUAAAGUUAUGGCUCAAAAUCAAGGAAUUAUAAACAAUUUACGAGUUAUUUUAGGCAACGAUGUAGAACUAAAUAUUGUAGAGUACAUUUCUACAAUGAAACAUGAAGAGGACUUUGAAGAGUUUAUGGAGAAUAUCGUUGAUAAAAACAGCCAAGCUCAUAUCAACGCAUAUAAUGCUAUUAAAUAUAUAAUUUUUGGUGACAAAUUAAAGAAAAACAACAAACAGGUACAGCAAAAUCAGAAUAAAUCUCAGAAGUCAAACAAUUCGGAACAAUCUAAACACGAUCAACAAACAUCUAAAAAAGGGAAAAAGAAGUUCAGAGAUAUAAAUGCCUUUCAAGAACAGAAAAAGGAAAAGGAAGGCAGACAGAUUUGUGAUUGUAUGGGACAGGAGCAUGAAUUUAUGAAUAAUUGUCUGGAAUGUGGAAGAAUUCACUGUUUUAAGGAAGGUCCAGGAUCCUGUUUCUAUUGUGGAACUCCAAUAUCAGUUAGAGGAGAAAUACAAAACGCUGCCAAUAGUAAACCUCUUAUGAAACCAAAGAAAAAUACAGUCUUCGAUGAUGAUAAUGAUUAUUUUAAAAUAAAUGCCAAAAAAUCCGAGGGAAGUAAAGGUAAAAUGAUAGUAGCUCUAGAUUUUGCAAGUAGAAAAGUAAUUGAAAGUACUCAGGAAGAUGUUAGACUUAGAAAAAUGUUAUUGGAAGACUCAAUUGAACAUUUGAAGAGAGUUGAAAAAUUAUAUGGUAAUAUUCAAAAGCUAAAUCAAAGUAUGGGAGCUUUGGCUUUAAAGGGCAAUAAAGACAAUGAUGAACUGGUAGAUAUUCUGGUACAAAUGAGACACAAAAAACCUGCAGAAAGGGAAAAUCUAGGUGAUGAAGAUAGUAUAAUGCCAGUUAUUAACUAUGAGACUAAAAUAUUUGAUGAAGACCUGGCUUCAAAUGUAGACCAGGGUUUGUGUCUGAGUAUGCAUCAACCUUAUGCUAGUCUCUUAGUAGCUGGAGUAAAAAGACAUGAAGGAAGAGUGUGGCCUACUACUCACAGAGGACGUUUGUGGAUAGCAGCAGCUUCAAAACAGCCGGAAGAUGAAGAGAUUAUAGCUUUAGAAAACUUUUACAGGGAUUAUUACAAAGAUCCAUCUCUAAAAUUUCCCAAAGAGUAUCCAACCAGUUGUCUUUUGGGUUGUGUAACAAUAGACGAAUGUUUAGAUCAGGAAAACUAUAGGAAAAAGUUUGGCGAUGGUGGAGAAUCUUCGAGUCCGUAUGUGAUGAUUUGCUCAAACCCGAUUAUUUUACCUAUAUUUUAUCCCAUUAGCGGAAAGCACAAAAUAUAUCCUCUGGAUAAAGAUUUACACAAAUGCGCCAAGAUGGCUUUACAACAUGCAAAAUAUAUCUGAUAUUCUUAUGAAUAUGUAAUUAAAUUAUAUUUAUUUGUAAAAUGUUUAUUAGAUAUAUAAUAAUAUAUAAAAUUC